AUGCGUUCAAUUAUUUCGGCUCGUCGUAUACGUUUUUGUCUAUUGCUACUCUUAAUCUAUUUCAUCCUUAAUUUUUAUAUUAAAUUUACUGAUGUCUCCAGUAUUCGUCAGAGCAUUGUUAACUUUAAGUGGCAUCAAUCUGAAAUCAUUGAUCAUCAAUUAUGUAUAACAGAGCCAUGCUCACUUGAUUCUCGCAUUAAUACUAUUAUAUGGACUCAUGAUGGAACUGGACUGAUGAAAUAUAUUCAAUGGAUUGCCACAAGAAAACUAGCUAAUAUUAGAAUUAGUCAACUCGAUGAUGAUUGUUGUAUUAUAAAAGAAAACUAUUUUUCUUCUUCUUCAUCGUCACCAAUAAUUCAUAAAUUUAUUCAGAUCUAUAUUAUAUCACUAUCAGCUAACAUAACUCAACCAUCCGUAUGUUUUACGAAGAUUAAACAAACAGCAAAUACUAAUGUUACUGGUAUAAAUCAAAUAUAUUUUAGAAGAAAAUCUAUUCAUGCAACAAUUCUAUUUCAACAAUUAGAUCUAUUUAAAAAGAAGCACAAUUCUCAUGCACAAACUGAUAGUUCAUAUUUUACUUCAAAAAUUAGCAAAGCAAGAGCAAUCAUUCAAUAUUUACAAAACUAUUUUACUACUAUUUCAUUUACGAAAUGGAAAAUUAUUAAUUCAGAAGAUUUAGUUCAUAGACAUUUAACUGAUUGUGAAAAAUCAUUAACUAGUUUUCUGACAUUAUUAGGACUUAAUACUUCAGAUACAGUACUCAAAAAUGUAUUAACUUAUGACUCUCAUCGAUUUAUUGAUGAUGCUAUUUGGUGGGAUCAAUCCGAAGUAGGCGAACGCAUUUUAAAUAGGUCAAUACCAACUCGUCCAUCUAAUUUAACAUAUUCUAAUGAUUUUUAUCAUUUACAUGGUACUCGUUCAUUUGAACAAUAUUCAGCUGAUAGUCGACAAUGUUAUCGAGAUGGCACGUUUGCACAAAUACCAUCUGAAACAGUUUCUAAUCGAAAAUCAACCGAUUCACCAAAUCGUUGUCUAACAAAUUCGUUUGAUUGUAGAUUUAGUGAUAUAUAUUCAUUUGAUGAUCGUGAACAAUUAUAUGAAGAAAGUAAUCGUAAUGAUUACUUUAGUAUCAAACCAAUCAAAUGUGGUUUUGCAGUUCCAUCGAUAUUUGAUAAAAUUAGAGAACGUUUUGCUCGUAAUCACACAUGUGAAACUAUUAUUUUAACAUCGAUUAUAAAUUGUUAUGAUAAUCUACCUGGAACAGAAGGUAACAUUCCGUCUUCAUUCUGUUAUGUUGCUUUACUUGAUACUAAAACAUUUAAUGCUUUACAACCUCCUCCUCCACAACCUCAACGUCAAACUCAUUGGACUUUAAUUGAUUUAGGUGAUAAUGCUGCAUUAUUUAGUUUUCCUGCAAAGACAAUAGAAACAUUGAAAACUUGUGGACAACGAAUGUUUCCACUAGCAAAAUGGAUUAUUUGGCUUGAUGGUAAAGCAUACUUGAUGAGAAUCGCUGAACUUUUAACUCAAGCACAAAGUUCAGUGUUUGCUCCUCGUCAUACUACGAUUGAUCGAACAUCAGCGAUCGAAGUCAAUUAUACAAUCGAACGGAUACGUGAACGAGAAACAGAAUCACCGAAAAAUUUCGAUAAAUUUGUGAUGGAUAUUAAACGUCAAGAAAAAGAAUAUAUACGUGAUGGAUUUUAUUCUCGUGCUGAUAAACUUAAUUUAACAUUAUAUGAUAUUGCAUUAUUUGUCUAUCGAAAUAAUCAUCCUUGUAAUUUUCGUUAUUUAUGUGGAUGGCAUAAUGAAGUGAAUUAUUUUGCAUACAGAGGACAACUAUCAGUUUAUUAUUCAGCUAUUAGAUUAAAUCUAAUACAGCAUUUACAUUACUUACCAAGAAACUUUUAUCAUACAUUUGGGCAUUCACAAAUUUGUUCGUUGGCAGUGCCACAACCGAGCCCGGUUCAGAAAAACGGUACUAGUCCGACUGGACCUGAACUGGAUCGGAUCGAUUAA